UGCCUCCCGAGGGUAUAAAACAGGGACAGAAAUAUUCCAUCAGGAAAGACUGACACUAACAGACUGAAAACAUGCUGAGGUUCGUCCUGUUGAGCGCUCUCGCAGCCCUGGUGCUGUCUGUGGAUCUGGAGCCACAGCCCAGAUACUUGGAAGAUGUUCCUGGCCAGAGAGUUGUUGGUGGUGAGGUCGCCCAGCCCAACUCCUGGCCCUGGCAGAUAUCUCUCCAGUACAAGUCUGGCAGCUCCUACUACCACACCUGUGGAGGUAGUCUGAUCAGGAGAGGAUGGGUCAUGACUGCUGCUCACUGUGUGGACAGCCAGAGGACGUGGCGUGUGGUUCUGGGAGACCACAACCUGAACAGCAUCGAGGGUAAGGAGCAGAUCAUGACCGUCAACAAAGUCUACGUCCACAACUUGUGGAACUCCAACAGCGUUGCCUCAGGAUAUGACAUUGCUCUGCUGCGUCUAGACACCGAUGCUUCCCUGAACUCUGCUGUCCAGCUGGCUGCUCUUCCUCCCUCUGACCAGAUCCUGCCCAACAACAACCCUUGCUACAUCACCGGAUGGGGACGCACCUCCACCGGCGGUCCUCUGUCCAGCAGCCUGAAGCAGGCUUGGCUACCCAGCGUUGACCACCAGACCUGCUCUAGCUCUGGCUGGUGGGGAUCUACCAUCAAGACCACCAUGGUCUGUGCCGGUGGCGGAGCCAACGCUGGUUGCAACGGAGACUCUGGUGGCCCCCUGAACUGCCAGGUCAACGGUCAGUACUAUGUCCACGGUAUUGCCAGCUUCGUUUCCAGUGCCGGAUGCAACGCCACCCGCAAGCCCACCGUCUUCACCCGUGUGUCUGCUUACAUCACUUGGAUGAACGGGAUCAUGGGUUGAAAGGGAACAUGGUCAUCGAGCACAACCCAGCUCAAUUUCGUUCACAUUCUGCUC